UCCACGCUCUUCCGCGGCCGCACUGCCAGCAGCAGGGGAGGCAGCUUUGCGGGCAGGGCGAGGGAGGAGAGGAAGGUGCCGGAGGAAGGAGAGAGGGGGGAAGGCGGAGACGGGGCCAGCCCGAGGAAAUCAAAUAGCCCCGACAUGAUUUAGGCAGCGGCUGCAGAGGGGAGGGCCCCCUCCCCCGCUCGCUCCCUCGCUCGUUCGUUCGCUCGCUGGUCCCCGCACGGCGCCGGCGGGAGCAGCGCCGCCCCGCUCGGAGCGGCGGCUCGGGGCGCGCACGCACACACGGAGCAGCGGCGGCCGGGCGGGAGGGCGGGGGGGCCGGCAGAUGAAGAUGGCACUGUCUGUGAUCCAAGCGUGCCGCAGCCUGGCGCUCUCAACAUGGCUGCUGAGCUUUUGUUUCGUGCAUCUGCUGUGCCUGGACUUCACCGUGGCCGAGAAGGAGGAGUGGUACACGGCUUUCGUCAACAUCACCUACGCCGACCCGGCGGCUGGCAGCGCCGAGCUCCGCAGCGAGAAGAGCGAGUGCGGGCGCUACGGCGAGCAGUCGCCCAAACAGGACGCCCGCGGGCAGGUGGCCCUUUCCGCCUCGCCCGCCGACCGCUUCGCCUGCGACCCCGGCACCCGCUUCAACGCCCCGGCGCCGGGCAAGAGUUGGGUCGCCCUGAUCCCGCGGGGAAACUGCACCUACAAGGACAAGAUCCGCCACGCCGCCGCCCAGAACGCCUCCGCUGUCGUCAUCUAUAACGUGGGUUCCAGCAACGCCAACGAGACCAUCACCAUGCCCCACGCAGGCUUAGAAGAUGUUGUAGCAAUAAUGAUCCCUGAACCCAAAGGGAAAGAGAUAGUGAGCCUCCUGGAGAGGAACAUUACUGUGAUGAUGUACAUAACCAUCGGGACACGCAACCUGCAGAAGUACGUCAGCCGGACUUCGGUGGUGUUUGUCUCCAUCUCCUUCAUUGUGCUGAUGAUCAUCUCCUUGGCAUGGCUGGUCUUCUACUACAUCCAGAGAUUUCGCUACGCAAAUGCCAGAGACAGAAAUCAGCGCCGGCUUGGAGAUGCUGCGAAGAAAGCAAUCAGCAAGCUGCAAGUCAGGACGAUCAGGAAAGGUGAUAAGGAGACUGAGCCAGACUUUGAUAACUGUGCUGUUUGUAUCGAAGGCUACAAGCCCAAUGAUGUUGUCAGGAUAUUGCCUUGCAGGCAUCUUUUCCACAAGUCCUGUGUAGACCCCUGGCUGCUAGAUCAUCGUACCUGCCCGAUGUGUAAAAUGAAUAUUCUAAAAGCUCUAGGGAUACCGCCAAAUGCAGAUUGCAUGGAUGAUAUACCUCCAGACUUGGAAGCAUCCAUAGGAGGACCACCAACCAACCAGAUCACAGGAGCCAGUGACAUAACUGUGAACGAGAGUUCAGUGGCCCUGGACCCUCCAGCCCGGAGCAUGGGAGUGCUACAAGUCAUCCAAGACGCAGACUUCUUUCCCCAGGCUGUCGAGGGUAACUUCACAACAAGCAAUGAACAGGAGCCAGCAGUCAGCAGUGAUUCAGAUAUUUCAUUGAUUAUGGCAAUGGAGGUUGGACUGUCUGAUGUGGAGCUUUCCACUGAUCAAGACUGCGAAGAGGUGAAAUCUUGAAAAACAGAGAUUCAACACUAAACUACAGGGGAGGGUCACAGGUAGGGACUCAGUCAGCUUUCUAGGAUUUGGACCAGUCAUGCACAUGCCUCCAGAGCACUGUCACUCCUGCACACUCCAUACUGAGAUGGUAAUGAAAAGCAAUAGCAACUGUUGUAUCUGCCUGGAUGUGGUUUCAUCAUCUACACACCUUCAUUCACAUGGGAGAUGGAUACUUCCAGUUUACCCACGUGCUUGAGAGCAGUCAUGGAACUGUCCAGGGAACUGUCAUUGCAACUGUAAUGACAACUUGAGUGUUUUCUACACUUGUUCAAUCAAAUUUUUGUUGGGUUUUUGAAAAGGCAUAUGUUUAUUUUAUUUGUUUGUUUGUUUGUUUAUAGUUUGUUGUGAUUGGACACUCUGUUUUUAUUGACUGAUCCCAGCUUUUUCAAGAGUUCAGUCCAGAAAUCUGAAUUCCUGUUCACUCGUCACUUCAUGAUCUGACCAGGAUUUAUCAUUGCUUUGUUGUUUCUGCAUGAAUUACAUAUGGCUGGCUUCAGAAGGAUGAUGCACCAGCACCCUGCAUUAAUGUAACACCUGCUUUCAUUAAGUGGAAGGCUUGGAAAUAGUAUAUUCUGAAGGCUUUUAUUUGUAAGAGAGCUCUGAAUUAGCUGAAAUUUGGGUUAAAAUUACAUUAGUUUGUCUUUUACUUAGAGCUCUGUUCUAGACAAAUAUUGUACAGUGUGAAGAAGAGAAAGAAAAGCUUAAAACAUCACUCCAUCCAUGUAGUCCUGUCCUGUAUUUUACGCUAUUCACAGGUGUCAGUACAUUAGUGUCCUUCCUUCAAGUGACAAUUCAGUAGCUGGAAAAAAAGAUCUAGCAUAACAUCAUUUCUUUCCUUAAUAUUACAGACCAAAAGCAGAUCAGUGGGCUAAUGGAGCAUCUGAGAGGUUUCCAGAGGCUGCCUAUUAACAGUUCUGCAUUAAGCAGGUAUUCUUCCAAAGGGUCUGGAGAUUCUGCUAUCAGUGUCACAAAUUGGUAAGGGAGCAAAAGGCAGUCGUUUGAAAUGUUUAAUUCCUGGUUUGCUUCGGGUCUUUUCCCUCAGUGGGUUUCAUUUCUUACUUUUUGACAGCAGUUUUUGUCUGCUUGUUAUCUAACAAGAGUUCAGGUGGUUUGUUGCCCUCCAGAGUCCCUGUCAAUGUUGUCAGAAGCAUAAUGGAAUAUUUGCAAUUUGUAUACAGAUACAUAUACCAAAAUAUAAUGGGAAGGGAAUUUGAAAAUAAAAGAACUAACAUAAAUCAAAACACCUAAAUAAUAAUGACCUGACAUAAUAAUUUAUUUCAUCCUGAGCUCUGCUUUCCAGGUAAGAGCUCACUGUUAAUUUUUCAGUGUAUGAUUUGGUUUUUCAGUCAAAAUACUCAGCUGUGAAGAAGCUUACUGUUAGACAAGAGUACAUAGUUUCUGUUGAGAGUCAGAUGAUUUGAAUCAUGUUACUGUCUCCUGAGUCAGUCCACAGAAUCAACAUGUGAAUGCUGAACACAGAAUCAACAACUCUGCAUGAAAUUUUAUGGCAGAGGUCAAACAUUUUGACUUGGCAGUGUCAUGGUGGGAUCUCAAAAUGCAACUGUUAGGUCUCAUUGCAUUUAAUCUCCUUGCUGAUUUACUUGUCAAAUGUGAAAACCAGCUUCCAGACAAAAUUUUUCAGAUUUUAUUCAGGAACAUAUGUGUUCAGAACUACCCCUAAAAUUUUGGCUGACUUGCUUUUUUAGUAUAGAAAGAAGGAAAAAAUACUCUCCAUGCUCUUUUGUCCAUUUAGAGCUAAUUAAACAUUUAGUUUAGUUUUAGUUUAUGUUUUGUGUCCCUAAAUUGCAGGUUAAUCUUGAGGUAAAGGUUUUAAACUGACAGAGGACAGAUUUAGAUUAGAGAUUAGAAAUAAAUUAUUACUGUGAGGAUGAUGAGGCACUGGAAGAAGUUGCCCAGAGAAGCUGUAGAUGCCCCAUCCCUGAAAGUGUUCAUGGCCAGGUUGGAUGGAGCUCUGAGUAACCCGGUCUAGGGAAAGAUAUCUCUGGCCAUGGCAGAGGGUUUGGAACUAGAUGAUCUUUAAGAUCCCUUCCAACCCAAGCCAUUCUGUGGUUCUAUGAAAAUUACCCAUAAAGGUGCAGUUACAUCUUUAAAAGCCAUUGAAAUGAAAAUCUUUUUUCAAUUAAAGAGAUAGAGGCAGCUGGGAAUUUUGGUUUAAAAAGAAAAUUAUGGACUGUUCCAGAGGGUACACUAGGUCAGUCUUGACAAUAUUUGUGGUUCUGUAAUCUUGUUUUCGUUAUUCUUUUAUGUCUUCUCUAUUUCUUGCUUCUAUGGGAAAGACCUGACACAUCAAUGUUGAAAUUGACCCCUACACAUGAAAGUUUGCACUAGGUACUGCAUCAGUUCCAUUUAAGCUCUGUAAAUAAUGCUGAAAUGGGAUUUAAGUGGUGCUUAUAUCAAAUUUUGACCCAGGAAUGAAAUUAAUUUCAAACUACUGCAGAGGAAGGAGUGAAGCUGGUUAUAUACAGUAAGGGCUCCUUACAGAAAGUCCACACACUGGUACAAUUUCUUCCACUAGAGCCUGGGUGCUACAUGUCACAGGACAAACACAAUGUCCAAGUUGUCAGUGAUCCUUUCACAUACACUGCACACUGUAGCACAGCACACAGGCAGAGAACUCUUGGCCAAAUUGUUUGGGUUUUAGAGGAACUGUCACAAAGUCUUCAUUUUAUUUCAUGAACUGAAUUAAGUUGAUCUCAAUGGAUAGAUUGACCAAUUAGCUGUUGCUGUAGCAGAAUCACCCACGGCACAACAGAACAAGCAAAGUGUUUUUCUGUGGAAAAGUGAGGCAAGAAGGGAAACUCCCAGCUGACACUGGGCUGGGUCCUUUGCCUAGCAAAAUCAUUGAAGGGUGGUGUGCUCAAAAAGGCAUCACAGAUUUGGUAAUUUGGACCCUGCAUGUAUUUCUGAGCGUUAAUGAAGAGCUUUGUAGAGGUCUCACACUGUGCACACACUUUUCCUAAAUAUCCCAUAAUUAGACUUGGUCCCUCAGGGUCCACAGGUGGCCACUGGAAGAGGCAGGGUGCCAGGCUGGGUGAGUGGUUUUGAUAUACCACCAAUAAGUGAUAUGCCUUUUAGUAGAAGCAUCCUAGCAAAUCUGGGUCAAGAGUCUUUCUGCUUUUGCUUUCCCAGUUCUACCUGCAGGUUCACUUAGGGAAGAUGUUGUUCCAUCCCUGUCCUCAGGUGUUCUGCAGCUUUGAGCACUGUUAAGUGAUGAUGAGGGCAAAGCCAGGUUACACAUCACUGAAGCAUGAACUUAGGAAAGCACUUAAGUAAAUGUUUUAUUCUGUCCUACUAAAAAAAACCCGCUUAUGAUUAUUUUUGGACUUGCACCAAAAUCACAUUACUUUCAACAAGUCUUCUAUGAGCACAAUUAAGUCCCUGUGUCAAAAGGAAAUGUUUUCCUGAAGCCUGACCUGACUGACAGUGUGCUUUGCAUAUAUAACCUGUGAACUACCUUGGGAAUUUGAAGUGCUUUAUAAACAUUAAGACCCCCUCACGUGUGUUUGUAACAUGUAUGAAAGCCUUAAUUCUGUAUAUCUGCAUGCCCAUGCACACCUUGGUACUGCUGCCCACUAAGUUUGGGCAUUAAGUAGGUGGGGUUCAGCUGCUGGGACACAGUACUGGCUGUUCAGAAGGGAGAGCAGCCUUUAGCAUGCAUCCAGGAAAGAACAAAAUCCUCUAGAGCCCUCUGACAAGCAAGUGUUCACAGAUACAAUUCUGCAGGCUGGCGCCAUGACUGGGGGCGGGGGGGUGCAUCUCCUGUGCAGGGGCAGUGGCCAGGGGAUUGUAUGGCUCCCAAGAAAAGGCACUCUUGUCAUUAAAUUGAUCCUGUGCCUCUCCCAGCAAUUCCCAUCUCGUCAUCUGAAGCACUUUUCUAUGAGCAAGUAGUAGGUGGGAAAAGCAUUUGCCUUAGUGAGGCUCAUCAUCACUCAGGCUGGGCUGCAGGAUGAAACUUGGUGAGACAGAAACUGUGCUCAGAGUAUACUUGGAUUUUUUGGAUUUCACUAAGCUGCCUUCCCAAAGGUCUGUUCAAUAGUUAGGAUGCAUAGAAGGUUAUACAGGCAGAAUUUUGCACUCACAAGCAACCUGAUGUAUGCAUGCAGAUGUGCAAAGCAUGAGGUCUACAUCCCCUCCUCACAGCUCACCUGUUCUGCUGGGGAUACAGAUCUGGCACUUUCUGAGGGUUUGACGUUUUUUAUUUUCUGACUGCUUUAGAGCCUCAAAACCAGGAUCAGGACUAUCAUAGCACUGCAGUUCAUUCUUUAAGCACUCUAGAAUUAAAUUGACAUCUAUGCAUAUAAAAGUGCAUUGAUGUGAAUAUGGAAACUGUACUGUUGUAAAAUCAGAAGCAGUUAUCAUUUUUAGGCCAUUUAUUUGAGGGAGAUUGUGGCACUAAAGAAAAAGGCUUUAUAGAGGCAAUUUGGAAAAAUAAAUUCUUGAAAUCACAUAUGAUAAGUAGUCUCUUGGAUCUCACUAAUGAUCCCUGGAUCAAAUCCCAAGGGAGUCAUUGCAAGCAGGGCAUUGCUGUUGGGGUGCAUCCAUUUUGCAGGACUAAAAGGGUAAAGAAAUCUAGCCUGUUCCUUCCCAGCCCAUCUCACAAAUGUUUUUCCAAGAGUGAGCCUUUGUUGCAGUGGAAGGAGAUCAUGGAAUCAACAUAGCAUUUCAAAUAAAAGGCAAUCAAAGCACAGUGCUGCUUCCUCUCCUGUGUUUUGGGCUGCCAUAUCUCUUGGAGCAGGUUGGAGAAGGGAAAGGAGCUGGCCCAAGUUCAGCUCCAGGGCUUGGUGAAAAGCAGUCUGUGAGAUUUCAGCAGGUUCGGGACAGCCAAGCUUCUUCAUGGCUAAUGUUGACCCUGGGAUUGGAACUUUGUUGAUGAACACUGAGCCCAUGUGGGCACAUUUGUUUUGCAGAUGCAAAAAUGUGUCAGUGUAUUUAGGGCAGGCAGAAUGAUGGCAGUGAAUCGGCUUGGUUAGCAUGAGUGGGAAACACAAUGUGGUGUAUUUUAGGCUUGAGGGAAAAUGAAGCUGUAGGUGUUGCCUUCACAGGCUUCUUAAAUAGGGGACAUUGAUCCAAAGUAAGCACUACUUUCAUUUUACCAAGCUGUUAUCUGAACUAAUUGAUAGCAUCUGAGAAUGAGGAAUGCUAGAUGGACUGUUCAGGGAGGAUUUGUUUGUGAAGCAGAUGGCAGCUGUGGGUUGGGAGGGAGAGUGAGGGCAAGUGUGAGGGCUGCCCCUCUGCCACACUGCUUACCCCACUGGGCUGGACACCCACUUGGCCCCUUUAUCUGCCCAUUUCUUUUUCAAGGAAACAUCCUUCUAAGCAGGAGCUGUAUUUCAAAGGGAGAAAUAAAGAAAUUAAAGAUGUGGAUUUUGAAUGAAAAGCCAACGGAUGGUUUUUCCAUCUGAAUUUAAUCUUGUCUCUCUCGAGUAUUUUAAUUGUGAAUUGGUGGAAAUGACUUUCUGUAAUGAAUGGAAAAAGAAAUGGGAGGAAAAAAAAAGGAGCAAUAGUGUUUUCCCUUUCUUGUUUAUUUCUUGAUUCUUUGGUCCUGAGCAGCAUUAAACACAAUAGCCAGAUCAAGAUGCUUGUUUGCUCUGAAUGUAUACAGUUAUUUCAGAUGUCAAAUAUCUAAAUGUUUUGUAUAUGUAUGUAAUGCCAUCCUCAAUACUUGUUUCAUGUUAGGAACCUGAAAUGACUGUACCAUUUUAUAAUUAGAUAUGUAAAGAGGGGACAGUGGGUGGGAGGGUCUGUUAUUUUUAUACCAAGAUGUUCCUUGUAUUUAGUGAACAUUUAAAACUGUUUUUUACUUGUCAAAAUAUACAUUCCAUCCAUUUCCAGAAGAGAAUUAUUUCUAUUUAGAGUAGUUUAUAAGCAAACAAAAAAAAAAAAAUAUGUGGCAUCCCAGUUGUAUGCAGUUCCUGAACAUAGCAGCAGUAUCCUGGUUUUCCAUGAUGGCUAAAGGAUUUUUCUAGCCAUGUCUCUUCUCACAGCAGAGCCCUACCAGCAAAUGCAAGUGUUAAAAAAGGAAUAAAAAUCCCAAACUAAAUAAAUACCACAUGGAUCAAUGCACAGCUUUAUGAAAAAACUUCCUUAAGUUCAGAGACAAUGGUCUGUCCCAGUGAAAUUCUCCAGAGUAAUCAAUCCUACUCUGGACAGCAGGAUCAGAUUUACUGGGAGGCUUCAGCUCUCUGUCCCUGCCUGGCAGACUCACCAGCCUCAGCAAGCUGAGGCUGUGCAGGGUUGUUACACUCCUGCACUGUGGCUCUAGCUGUGUUGAAGCUUUGGUUUGGGAAACACCUACCAAAAGGCCAUGGCAAAGUCACACUGUGGCAUUUGCCUGGGCCAUGCUUUUUCUUGUCUUUCAUUCCCCCCUUCUCCCUGCUACCUAUGACAUGCUGCCAAAACUGUGCAGUAGCAGUUUGUGAAGAUUAUUUUUGACCUUUUUUCCCUUCUGUACAGUCUUGCAAAUAAACUUUUAACUCUUCACUGACAUUUUGUAACAUAUACAUCUUCCUCUCCAAUGCACUUUAUCUCUCUUGAAAAAUGUGGGAGUCAGAGAACUACCAUCUUAAAGGGAUUUGAAAUCAUGAGACAUACUUUUUAUUAUUUUGUGUCCUUGCUUUGUUAGAUACUGUAAAUGCUAAAGAGCACAGACAGUGACUCAGCUGGGGGAAAUACCAAAAUGUUGUGGCUAAUACUUGGAAGCAUUAUUCAGCAGUCCAACAUGGCUAUUUUUGUUAUAUAGAGGAUUAUAAUGUAAAUAUGUGAGACUGUGUUAUUACGUACUAGUAAAAUAUUACAACUCUCAAAGUUAAGACGGUGAAUUCCAAGGAAUUUUAUUGCAAGUUUUUUAAUAAAACAAAUCUGAUUAUUGUGUUGUA